GACCGGGUCUUCUGGACCGCGAGAUCCUAAUCAACUUCUCCCAACCUCUCUAAAAGAGGCCAUGGGAGCCUGUCAAGACCACACUUUGCUGUUCCUCUUCCUUCUAGGAGCCUCCUCCCUGAACUUGGCCACUCGUUUGGAUUGUCACAAGGGUAUUUACAUGGAUAUAGAAGAAGACCCAGUUAAUACAUUUAACUGGACCACAGAGCAAGUUGAGACUUGUGACGAUGGAGAAUUUUGUCAAGAAACCCUUCUGGUUAUUACAGCAGGGCCUAAGUCUGCCAUUAUCGCUACCAAGGGCUGCAUCUCUGGAACAAUGGCACAGACAACCUUUAUCCAACACACCCCAAGCCCGGGCUUGCUGGCAGUCUCCUUCACUAACUAUUGUGAAGAGUCCUAUUGCAACGACAAAAGGGGCAUAUACCCAUCUUGGAUGCUAAAAGGGCAAACAGUUCCCACUAGACCGUCAACCCUCUAUUGCCCGACUUGUGUGGCUUUGGGAAACUGUUCAAAGGCACCUUCUCUCCCCUGUCCCAGUGGCACUAGCCGAUGUUAUCAAGGAAAACUGAAGAUCACUGGAGGAGGCAUGAAUUCCACUGUGGAGGUCCAGGGCUGUAUAGGCGUGAAUGGUUGCAGGCUGAUGUCUAGGCUAUUUGGCGUUGGAGUCUUGGAGGUGAAGGAAGUGUGUCCACAGCAGACUGUUGUUCAACUCCGAAAGGCUGAAAAUGGGGCCACCUGGCUGCUUGUUCCAGCCUGGGGCUUAGAGUGCCUGCUGCCACCGCUGCUGCUGCUGCUGCUGCUGCAGCCUCUGGUCCACGGUUCCUGAGAAGGCGCUUCUGGCCCUGCGUCUCAGGGCACCUGUUUGAUUGAGCGUCUCCUGACUGCUAUCUGCCAGUGAGUUGAGCAGGCAGACCUG